UUUUAGUCAAAAGCCCAACUUGACGACUUCACGAAGAAAAACAACUUCACAAAUUGUAAUUAUUUUACCCAGAUGAACUAAAACCAUCUACCCCCGACCCUCAUGGAAACUAAAGAGCCAAUGUCUUCAGAAUCGCCAGCUUCACCAACCACAAAUGAAGUCAAACCAAUACUAAAGAAAAAAAGACCUGAAGAUUUUAAAUUUGGGAAAAUCCUUGGAGAAGGGUCCUAUUCGACUGUUUAUGUGGCUCUGGAAAAAGCAACUGGGAAAGAAUAUGCAAUUAAGGUGCUGGAGAAGCGACAUAUGAUCAGAGAGAAGAAAGUCCCACAAGUACAAAGAGAAAAAGAAGUCCUAAGCAAACUCAACCAUCCCUUCUUUGUCAAACUUUACUUCACUUUCCAAGACAAAGAAAAACUCUACUUUGGUCUCAGCUAUGCAAAAAAGGGAGAAUUACUACCAUACAUCAAUAAGCUUGGUGCAUUUGACGAGACUUGUACACAGUUCUACUCAGCAGAGAUUAUCAGUGCACUGGAACAUUUACAUAGCCUACAUAUUAUUCACAGAGACCUUAAACCAGAAAAUAUACUUCUAGAUGAAAAGAUGCAUAUUCAAAUAACAGAUUUUGGCACAGCAAAAAUACUGAAUGAUAAUGAUAAAGGACGUAAUUCAUUUGUAGGAACUGCUCAAUAUGUCUCACCUGAGCUGCUUACUGACAAACGUGCUUGUAAAAGUUCAGAUAUUUGGGCUCUUGGUUGUAUAAUAUAUCAGUUACUGUCAGGAUUACCACCUUUUAGAGCAGGAAAUGAAUAUCAAAUUUUUCAGAAAAUUAUAAAACUAGAGUAUGAUUUUCCCAGUGGAUUUCCUUCUGUUCCAAAGGACUUAGUAGAGGAGAUUUUGCAUCUCGAUCCUACCAAGAGACUUGGUUGUGAGGAAUGUGGGGGGUUUGAAGCUCUCAGAAGUCACCCUUUCUAUGAAGGUAUUGAUUGGGAAGAGUUACCCAACACUAGUCCACCUGAGUUACUACCGUACUUACCUGCUACAAGUAGUGACGAUGAAGAGCACAGAAGUAAAUAUAAGUCCGAUUUCAUAGACAACGGUGUCGAUGAAUUCGAUGACACGCUGUUGGCCAGAUUUGGAUUAUCUGAUGAAAACUUACAUAACAAACCAAAGGAAAAGAAUUUCUUAGGUCUCACUACCACAGAGGUUGAAGAACGACUACAGAAACAAGCACGUGAAUCACCAUGGCAUCCUUACGUAGAAAACAAUCUAAUAAUCAAAACCGCAAUAUUAGAUAAACGAAAGGGUCUAUUCGCAAAAAGAAGACAGAUGAUCCUCACAGAGGGACCUCAUUUAUACUACGUCGAUACAUCAGCUAUGGUGCUUAAAGGACAGAUACCCUGGACCAAAGAGCUGAGAGCAGAGGCCAAGAGUUUCAAAGUUUUUUUUGUUCACACUCCAGUAAAAACUUACUAUCUUGAAGAUUUUAAGGGAUUUGCCGUGGACUGGGUCAAGAAGAUCCACGAAGUUCAUGAAUAUUACUUCGGCGCAUCGAGCUGUCAAUCACCGUCAAACAAAAGAAAUAACAGCAACUCCUAGAGGACUAUACGAUACAUAACAUGGUUAGAAGAGCGUAAAAAUUCCUUGGCUUUGCCAAUCUGUUACCGACGAUUAAUUUUCUUUUUGAUUUCCAAGAUGUAGAAAUGUUCUCAAGGACUUAUGCUUCUGUAAAUUUACGAAUAUUUUAGCUGGGGAAGAUUCUGCAAAGGAUACUGGACGAUGUACAUGUACACAUGCGUACUAAGUUGAAAUCACUCACUUGAGUCACGUGACAAGUCACGUUGUCACAUUAUUCAAUAAGCCAUAUUUGAUAUCUUGAAAUUCAAAAUUGCGAGGGUUUAGUCGUAUGGUACUUCAUGUUUGUAAAACACACUGAUCACCAAAUACAUUUAUUGCCAGGAAUAAAAUAAUGUACCAUACAUUUGAGCAAUAUUACGAAAUUUUUGAUAGAAAUGCUAGUCAGUUCACCACUCAACAAAGUUAUAAUAGAAUCUACAA